UCAGUCUGAGCUCAUUAUGGGAGCAGAGAAGACACUGGAACCAGUUGCAGACCUUAACACUGAUUUCUUAUUUCUUUUAGAAGCUGGAAGCAAAUGGGAGCUUUCUACAAAAUUUAAAAAAAAAACAUCACGGGAGGAGUAGGUUAAGGAUCUCUGUCCACGUCUUUUUGCCAAGAUGGAAGGAAUUCAUCAUCGAUAGUUAGCAGGAAAACACGGAGCCGACAGUGCUUCUUCCUUGGAACGUCGUUGGAAGUUACAUUGCUGUGACCUGAGCAGCCAAACAUGUUCACUUUCCUCACAAGGAAAGUGCCCGCUCUGCUGGACCCGGAGCUCUACUGCCUCCUCUUACAUAUCUGUUUCAGUGUAACGGCUUGGCCACGUGUUCAGACAGGGGACAACUGUCCGAGCGCAGAGUGGAACGUCAUGUGUCGCCCGUGCUGCGAGUACCACCUGAUCCAGUGCCGGUGUCCCUCCAAAGGGUCGAGGGUGGGCUACACUGUGCCCUGCUGCCGCAACGCUCUGGACCAGUGUGACCCCUGUAUCAUCCACCCAGGUACAAGCUGCAGUCUGUUCGAGAACUGCAAAACCUGCCACAACGGAACGUGGAAAGCCAACGACGACUUCUUCGUCAACGGGAAGUUUUGCACGGAGUGUCGCCAGGGCUGGAGCGGAGGGGACUGUAAAACGUGCGGAGGCGUCAUCUGGCGAGCUCAGGGUCACAUUGCCCUGGAGAGCUACCCGACAAACGCCCGGUGCGAAUGGACGGUGCGAGCGCAGAGGGGCCGCGCCAUCGAGCUCAGGUUUUCGCUGCUCAGCUUGGAGUCGGACCACAGCUGCCGCUACGACUACGUGGAGGUGCGUGACGGCGACGGCCUGGGCGCCCGCGUGAUCGGCCGCUUCUGCGGCGAUCGGCCGCCCCCGCCGCUCAGGAGCUCCGGGAAUCUCCUGCACGUCCUCUUCAGCUCGGACGGCUACAACAACUUUGACGGAUUCGUCCUCACCUUUCAGGAGAUCUCAGCCCGUAGGAAUCCGGCGUGUGCAGCUCCGGACGAGCCGGCGAACGGAUAUGUGCUGCCGGAGUACGGCCCGGAGGAGCAACUUGUGUCCGUGAGCUACCGGUGCCAUCCGCCUUUCGUUCUCACCGGCUCCCAGCAGAGGACCUGUCUCCCAGAUGGCAUGUGGAGUGGAACAGUUCCCACAUGUGUGACAGGUCAAAGGAGCAGAGUUCCGUGUGCCCCCCCGCCCAAAUUGCUCAACGGCUUCCACACAGCCGCCGCCGAGAAGGCAGGAGGUGCCGAGACGGUGGAGUUUUUCUGUAGAAACUCCUACGUUUUGAGUGGAAGCCGCCAGAGCGCCUGCCUCACUAAUGGAUCCUGGAGUAGCAGGCCACCAAAGUGUGUGAGAGCCUGCCGAGAACCCAAAGUGUCCGAACUUGUGCGACAGAGUGUCGCAGCGCCACGCAGAGCGAGUCCAAACCAGAGGCUGCCCCUCUCGUCCAGGUACGACAUCCAUGAUCUGUCGUCGGCGGGCUUCGUCCCACUCGCAGUCGGAGACGGCGGCGCUCCGGGGGAGCUUCCUCGUGGCUUCCACGCGGUCCACACGAGCGUCGAGUACGCGUGUGCGUCGCCUCUCUACCGCCACGCCGGAAGCUCCCGACGCACCUGUCUGAAGAGCGGCAGGUGGAGUGGCCGUCAUGUUUCCUGCUCACCAGUUUGUGGCAAAUUCGACGCCUUCAGUCCCCGCAACCUCUCCGACACCCGGUGGCCGUGGCACGUCGCCGUCUACGUGCGCGGCGCGACCGUGCCCGGCCGACGGGCGGCCGCGGAGGAGUCCUCCGUCUGGUCGCUGGCCUGCAGCGGCGCUCUGCUCAGCCAGCGGAGCGUCCUGGUGGCGGCCCAGUGCGUGGUGGACGAGCGCGAGCAGCAGCCGCUUCACCCUGCACACGUGAAGGUCGUCAUGCAGCACCGGGCGUCCAGGGACCGGCUGAAAAGCCAGCAGCACCUCAGGGUUUCAGAUAUCUUAGUCCAUCCGAACUUUUUCUCCGCACCGGACUCCAAUGUGGCCGUGCUCAAGCUCAAAGACAAGGCCAAGAUCAGCGAGCGCGUGCUGCCGGUGUGUCUACCCAGAAUGCAAGGCGGCGAGGUGACGGCGCAGGAGGCGUACGCCGCCAGGUGGAUGCUGCUGCCAAACGGCCGCGGCCAGCCGGGCCGCUACGCCGCCCCGAGCCGCACGGAGCUCGUCGAGCUGAGCGACGUCGCUCGCUGCGAGAGGGAAUUUGCUCGAGGGGGAGCACGUGCCGCCGCGAUCGCCGACGGCGCGCUGUGUGUCGUCCGGACGCCGCCCGGCCCCGACAGCCCCUGUCCCGGUGUUAUUCCGGGCCUCACAACCCUGCCGGAUGCGUCUCCGUCCACGGGUCGGACCCGGGGGGCCUCCGGCACGAGCUGGCAGCUGCUCGGCGUAGAGAGCUUCAGCCGCGAGGAACACGACUGCCACCGGCACACUCACGCAGUUCAGACACGAAUAGGCAACUUCCGAGACUGGAUAGAGAAGAACAUGAAUUGACCUUUUUACGUAGAGCUGUUUUUUCCGGCAACUUAAAUCUUCAAUAGUCAUUAAUUUUUUUUCGAGAACAGUCUGUUCCUCCGAUCUGUGUCAAUAUUGUGCGAGCUGAGUGUUUUUCAUUCUUUGCGCUCGGCUUGUUUCGCCUACGCGCGCAAGUUAUCGUUUCUGCAUUUGGGUCAUCCGGCACAAACGAGUCGGCACGGGCUGGUUAAUGUGCACAGCCACUUUCUCACGAUAUCCACGUGAAACCUUACCAUACGUUUUUGAUAGAUAAUGAUUAAAAAAACGUCAAUUUAAACUGUUUGACUUUCCACAAAAGCGUUUUGAUUUGUUUUGGCUUCAUGUCCUGCUUUUGCCGAUUUUCUUUUGCCGACUCAGAAGCCGAUGCCAGUGUGGAAUCUAUAAAAAAAAAAAAGGAGUCUCCAUCCGUUAAUUCCCACUCUCCAUCCUGCCGACGUGUUCUUGGCCACUGAAUCUCCAUCAGCUCCAGCCCUCUGACCUCUUACUAACCUGGAGAUAAAUUAAUAAAAAAAAAAAAGAUUUCCAAGAGGGAUAAGUCAUUAUCUGCAAUGUGUGCAAAAUAUGCAAACAUGUAUUUCCUGCUAAGUUGAUGUCAGAAUUUGUAUUAUUCACUUUUGCACGCGUUGUUUUUAAUCUCCAAAAUAAAAAUAUGCACAGUUUUAGUUUUCAA